AUGGAUAAGAGUUCAUGUGUAUUUUCUCCAAAUAGAAGGUUGGAGGGAAAGGUAGCUAUUAUCACCGGUGGUGCAAGUGGUAUCGGAGCGACUGCGGUCCGAGUCUUCAUCGAGAACGGUGCAAAAGUCGUCAUCGCGGAUAUUCAAGAUCCCGAGGGUGAAGAAAUCGCAACCAAUCUAGGCGAAAACGCCCAUUACGUUCAUUGCGAUGUCUCGAAAGAGGACGACGUAAAAAAUUUAAUCGACACUACGAUUUCAAAAUUCGGUCAUCUCGACAUAAUGUACAACAACGCUGGCAUUUACGAUACGAAGAUAAAAACCAUCAUGGACACGGAAAUUGAUGACCUAGAGCGUAAAAUCGCGGUAAAUUUAAUCGGAUCUUUUUUAGGCGCGAAAUAUGCAGCGAAAACAAUGGUACCACGUAAAAAAGGGUGCAUUUUGUUUACAACAAGUUGUUGUACACAAGUGGCUGGAAUUGGAUCACACACUUAUGUUGCAUCAAAAUAUGGAAUUGUAGGUAUGUGCAAAAAUUUGGCUGUUGAAUUAGGGUUACAUGGUAUAAGAGUUAAUUGUAUUUCACCGUUUGCUAUAUUAUCAAAUACUAAACUUAAUAAUGAAAUUGGAGAAAUGUAUGAAGGAAUGAUGGGUGCUAUAGGGAAUUUAAAAGGGGUUAAUCAUAACAAAGAAGAUGUAGCAAAUGCUGCUGUUUUUCUUGCUAGUGAUGAAGCAAAAUAUUUAAGUGGACAUAAUCUUGUAAUUGAUGGAGGAUUUAGUGUUGUUAACCCUAGUUUUCUCAAGAUGAUGGAGCAAUAUCAAUAA